AUGCCACAGGUGUGGGUGGUGCGCGUGUUGGCCGUGCCCUGGCGGCCCUGUGUCGCUGUCGUGGUGUCGGGUGGUUCGCAGGUGAGAGAUGACAAGUCCGUGGAUGGAAGCCUCCGUCUUCGUUCGUUCGUGGUCAAGCAUUGGCCGGACUUGAUCAGGGACACUUUCAAGUCUGCCUUGUGCUCCGAGAGUCUCGAAGACUUGAUUCGUAAUGUCGAGGACACCGAGAGGCUCUUGGCAGUCCACUGGAGGCAUACUGUGGCGACGGUCCAAUACUUCUGGGAUUUUUCCACUUUGUAUACACACUUUCCUUGGAAGUUUUUCAUGGUCCUCGACCCUGCUUCCGAAAUCGCAGAACGGUGCCUCAAGGAAAUGGAAAGCGAAUGGCGCUUUCUGGUUGCGCUGGAGGAGAAGUCUCCCAACGCCUCUUACCACUUUCCACUUAAGGAUCUGCCACACUUAAAAUGGCAUAUUUACAGGGAAAUCAUGACGUUUUGCCAAGAGCGGAAAUGGCGAUUCACUGGCGAUGUCAAGGACUUGUAG